AUGGGUGCUGGAGAAGGUGGAAACGCAGAAAACGGAAGAAAACUGUUCAUUCAACGUUGCGCGCAAUGUCACACCGUUGAAAAGGGUGGAAAACAUAAGGUAGGUCCCAAUCUCGGUGGAAUAAUUGGACGUACUGGUGCUACUGCACCCGGAUUUCCUUAUUCCGAUGAGAGCAAAAGACGAUCAGUCGUUUGGAACAAAGCGACUUUAUUUGAGUAUCUUGAAAACCCAAAGAAAUACAUUCCCGGGACAAAAAUGGUAUUUGCCGGACUCAAAAAAGCUAACGACAGGAACGACAUCAUCGCUUACUUAGCGGAGGCCUCAGCCGGUCCCAAUCUGUUUGGUGUAAUGGGAAGACCGAUCGGCUCUGUCAAAGAUUAUGAAUAUUCUGAAUCAAUGAAGAAACAUCCAGGAAUUUGGACAGAAUCUAUUAUUUGCGCAUUUUUGAAAAAUUCCGAUGACACCAAUAUGCCCAGCAUGUCAGAUCUAACUAACGACCAGAAAAAAGAAAUCAUUAAAUACUUAGAAUGUUUUGGCCCCAAUCUAUAUGGCAUAAUGAACAGACCAAUUGCUUCCCUUAAAGAUUACAACUACUCCGAUUCGAUGAAGAAACAUCCUGGUAUUUGGACUGAAGAAACAAUGUGCGCUUUUCUAAAGCAUUCCACUGGCACCAAAAUGCCUUCAAUCAACUUAACCGAUGAAGAGCGAAAACAUAUUAUCGAUUAUUUGGAAUGGGUGGUCAAAAGUACCGAAAAAAAAUCAUAA